AUGCUAUCCACUGAAAAAUCUCCUCCACCCGGUCCUUCUGAAACUACUCCACAGCUGAAAAGUAGCUGCAAAAAUUUUAUUAUUACCAGUGAUGAUGAUGAUGAUGAGAGGUCUUUUGAUAAUGGUAAUAAGGUAGAUCUGUUCCAAUCAGGCCUUGAAGACAUUAACCAAACAGUUCCUAAGUUCUCCAUAAGAGAUUAUGUUUUCAGUACACGGGCAAAAGAUAUCGAGACCCACUGGCCGUUUUCCUCGAAAAAUCUAAAACUUUGCCUAAAACACGGCGUGAAGGAUGUAUUGCCGCCUUUCGAAACUCUUGAAUCGGUGAGAAUAAACCAAUCACCGGCCGUAAAAAAUGCCGAUCGCAACACAAGCCUUCGUUCUUCUGUGAAGUUAUCUGAGUUGAAUGCUCAUCUUCAUUCCGUGGCAAAUAAAAAUGCAUGCCUAAAUCUAAUAGCUUCGGACACUAAUCGGGCCAUCAAGUCAAAUGCACCUGCAAAGACGUGCAGAUUGAUCGUGAAAUUGGGAAACAACACUUUUACUGAACAAAAGUCGAACGAAGCCGAUUUGUUGGAAAACACAACAAUGGGUUCGAAAGUGUGCCCGGUUUGCAAAACGUUCGCAUCAUCUUCAAACACGACUCUGAAUGCUCAUAUCGAUCAGUGUUUGUCGGAGGAGUCAAAUACUAAAUGGGUGGCAAAUUCGAGAGUGGUGAAGCAUAGAAUAAAGCCAAGAAAGACUCGAUUGAUGGUUGAUAUUUAUGAAACGGCUCUUUCUUGUACUUUGGAAGAUCUCGAUAGAAGAAAUGGGACUAACUGGGCUUCGAAUGGUGGGUUUUCACCGCAAGAGUCGGAGAAUAACGUUAACAGUAAUACUAAUAAUGCGUCUUUCUCAACUAAUGGUGAGGACAAGAAGAGUGAAGCAGGUGGUGACGUGUACUUUGAUUCCCAUGGCACUAAGCUACGGAUUCUUUCGAGGUUUACUGAUUCGAAAUCGAAUUAUACGAAUGAGGAAGAAGCUGAGUGUGGAACGAGGAAGCUCCUUAGCCACAGAGAUAAAGAUAAAGAAAGCGAAAUUGUUCCAGGCAAGAAAAAGAAGCAUCUUGCUCAGAGAUCUAAGCUCUUAAAACAUCCUCUUUUUGUAAAAAGACGAUUUUCUCCCAGGCUCGAACGUUGUCCAGAGGUUAACUAUACCCAGAAAAAUGAGAAAGAACUCCCAGCACGGCUUCUCGAUGCACGUGGCCAUCAUAUGAAAACCAAUGGUUCUGAAAUAUUAACUAAACAUUGGGCAUGCUCGAAAAGAACUGGUCUUGAAGAGAACAAAAUCACAAAGAAACCGAGAAUGAGUAGUCACGAUCUACUUUCUGUAGAUGAGAAGCUCACGAAAAGAACUAAUGACUCGAGAUUCUCGAUUUCAUGCGAUGAUGAUAAUUCAGAUUCAGAUACCGAUCAGACUCUCAAGAGUAAGGAAAGCACGGAUUCGAAAUCGGCCGCCGAAUAUAUGCCUUGUCAGAUUAAUCGAGCGGGAUUUUUCUCGUUUGUCCCUCGGGACUUUCGAAAUGACGGAAACAAGCAAUAUCAUCAUACGGUUAUGCAGAACCUUGAGAGCAAUGAUUUCAAGGGGGUAAAAGAAAGCGAACCUUCAUCUUUUAGCGGCGCUGAAAACGGUGCUGCUGCUUUCCGGAGGAACAAGAAAAUGAGGAGAAUUAUAAUAAGUUCGACAUUCGAACGUCAAAAGUUAAUGUCGCCUUUGAACAAGAAGAACCCAUCGUCUAUGAACCAUAUUUCCCUUUCAGAAUCACGAAAAAUUUUGCGGAAAAAGAAAUUUGCCUUCAAGAAGCCAAGGCUGCAUUUCACGUCCGAAAUUCAUGUGCAGCAAGCAGAAAGCGAUUCUCGAAAUUUAUCGAUCAAUCCAUUUGGGGUUUCGAAAAUCCGCAAAGAAAAACGGGGAUUCUUGAACUUGAGUCGAAAGGACAUGGACUUGUACGAGUAUUCAGAACCCAAUAGCCGUGUGGCCGAGCAGGAUAUUAAUUCCUCUUUAACAGACACUACUCCGGCUUGCUCACCUGUUGCUAUAGAGGCCAUUGAAAUUCGAGAUGAACUAGUUCGUGAGCCAAUUUUGGAAGUACCGCCCGUCAUAGCAGCAUUCGGCGAAGAAUCUUUGGUGCAUGAAGAACGCGAACAAGAAAUGUUAUGUUCGGACAAAUUUGACCAACAAGGCAAUUAUUUUAUUGAUGUUGAUCCCAUACCCAUACCGGGUCCACCGGGCUCGUUCAUACCGAGUCCGGGACGUAUGGGCUCGGAAGAACUCCAAGGAAGUUCCUCUUUGACCAGUUUUAGGGCACAUUCUCCCGAACACGACAGGCCUCGAUCUGAUUCUCCGAGUUCUAACAAGUCAUUCGUAUCGAGUUCCAUUAAUCCUGUAGUCGAAAGGCCCUUUCUGUUUGAAAAUGAUCAUCCUGCAUUGGACAAGCCAAAAAUCGAUUGGCCAAGAGCAAAUUCGGCAAUUCCAGUUCCAUCAGCUACUACUAAUCCUGUCCUUAGAUUGAUGGGAAAGAACUUAAUGGUGGUGAAUCGAGAGGAAAAUUUGGCUUGUAACGAUUUUCGAAAUUUACAGUCAUCGGGCGGUAUUCAGAAUGACGAUUGUCCACCACCUUCCUAUCAUAACAACUCAUGUGUUGUAGGUCCUCCAUUUUUGGACUAUUCGCGUUUUCAUCCCAAUUUCAUGGCGAAUCCAUCAAGGGUCAUGAUUUCGAGUAGGAUUAAUUCUAAUGAAGGGUUGAGAUCAUCUUUCGAGUUCCUUGAUCAUCAUCAACCGAGGCAAAUUAGCCCUGGAUUUGAAAGAAGUCCCCAUUUUGUCCCUCAACCUACCAUUACCACCAAUCAUUUACCCGAAGGACGAUCAAGCUCGGUUUUCAAAACAACAUAUCAUGAGAAUUUGGAAGAUGUUGGGGGAUUCGGGUGCCAAACGUGGGGUUAUCCCGUUCAUUUUGGUUCUUGGAAAACGACUGAAAGUGCGAAUAAUACUACCAAAAUGCCUUCAUUCCAAGGGGCUAAUGGAUCAUCCACAGGUCACGAACGAUCGCCUUCUAAUUUGCACCUUUCUCGUGGGUUUUCGUUACAUGCGAACUUUGCUCGGGCGGAGCUAGGAUUCAAAAAACGUUCCCGGGCUAAGGCCAUCGGGCUGAACCUGUAG